AUGAGCAGUGCGGUCUGCGCCGUAUGGCGGCUCCCCUGUUCGGGGCUCCGAAACUCCAGCGCGUUGCCCGCCAUAACCUCUCGCGCUGCAUGUAACGAUCUCCGCAUCACACCACUCAACCUGUACAGCCACUUUUCCCGACGCCCGCUCAGUUCUUCGAACGCUCGAGUUCGAACUAAGAGUCUCCUCGCUGGCUCCAAAUACUCUUUACUCAAGCUUUCCAUGCCGACUUUCACCAGAUCGAAACGAACAACAGCUCCAAAACCAUCGCCCAAGAGGCCAGGAAGACUGCCGGGUGACAGGAAUCUUUCUGAUGCCGACAUUAAAUUUAUAUUUGGACCGGGGGUCCCAACGAAGCUUGGAAACCGAACGCUCGGGGCGCUGCAAACCCAGCGGUUAGAGGGCACGCUGGAUUUAGAUCUGCCAGCUGACAUUACCCGCGCGGUCAGCCAGUCUCAGCUCGAUAGUGCCUUACAAUGGCUCCGUGAAAACUAUCCCCUGAAUGAGGAUGCAGCAAUCCUAGCUCGAAUCGAGCGGGAAGAAAUUGAAGCGGAGGAGAAACUUGUGCGACGAGCGGAGGAGCUUGGUCUCUAUAAGCCUCAGAGCGGUUCCUAUGAGAACGAGCUGGGCGAAGAGAAUUCGAUUUACGGCAAAAGUGUUCUCAAGGAGGCGCGUGAAAUGAACGAAAAGCGAUUACUAGCUGAAAAGGAACGAAAGCGCCAGGAAUGGCUGCAGGGCGAGAACGAGGAGCAGGAACGGUUGCGGCGGCAGUUCAAAGGAGAUACGGCAUUGCAACAGUACCAAGAGGCUGCUUUGACAGAGGCUCGUCCGCGUGCGGAUCCCAAUGAACGACCUUAUCUUGCCUGGAUUCAAAAACAUCACAUCGCCGCGACACAUGAAUCUCCAGAAGCCAUGAAUCUGACUACGACCCAACGUCUUCUUGCGCCCGCGCUGUUCACUCUGCUCGCUGUUGGCCUGUGCUACUACUUUGCCCAGAAAUACGAGUCUCCUGCACGCAAAGACCGUCUGUGGCCGAGUGUUCCUCCUGCUGCUGCAACGGUCGGAGCUAUCAUCGGAGCUAAUGUUGCCAUCACCUUCAUGUGGAAGUUCAUCCCACCUUCAUGGAGACUCCUCAACCGGUACUUUGUCAUUGUUCCCCUCUACCCCAGUGCUCCAAGCAUGCUUGGUAGUACCUUCAGCCAUCAGACCUGGCGACACUUGGCGACAAACAUGAUGGUGCUGGGGCUUAUGGGUACUCGGGUCCACGAUGAGCUUGGUCGCGGUAAUUUCUUGGCUAUCUACUUUGGAUCAGGCGCCGUUGGCUCCCUGGUCUCUUUGUAUCGCAGUGUACUACUCGGCUCGCUUGGUCUGACAUCACUGGGUGCCAGUGCCGCUACCAGCGGCAUCGUUGCGGCAUGGUGCAUGUAUCAUUUUGAUGACAAAAUCACCAUGUGGAUUCUUCCCCACGAACUGCGAGAGACGCUCUGGACUCAGGGCUGGAUCUUCUUGGCAUGUUUGAUUGGAACCGAGAUUUUGAGCAUGGCGACGCCUGCCCGUUUCCUGCAGGUAUGGCCACUGUCCCGUCUCACAAAGAUGGACCACGCUGCUCAUCUGGGUGGUUAUCUCGCCGGAGCUGGGUGUGGAUAUACCCUUGCGCAGAGACGGAGGAGAGAACGAGAAAGACGAGUCCGAGACUCAAGGUGGUUGAAGAAUCCGAGCACUUGA